UCAUCUAGAUGGCUAUAAUGAUCAUUGAACACACUGAAUAACGAAUAUCAUUUUUAUGUACUUCCGUUUUACUUUGUCGUUAUGUAGUUGCAGUUACAGAUAAUCGCCAUUCUCGAGUUCUUAUGCAAUAACGUAUAAAUAAUUGUAAUUCUGUAAUUCACAAAGGAUUGUUGUGUGUCCGAAAUUUAUCAAUAGCAUCUAAAAUGCAUUCAAUUGCUCAAUAUCAAACAUUGAAAAUUGAUAGUCCUAAAGAAUUUGUUUUUAAUGUACAAUUAAAUAGACCUGACAAAGCAAAUGCAAUGAACACUCCUAUGUGGUUGGAAAUUGGAAAAUGUUUUAAUGAGUUACAUGAAAACCCUGAUUGUCGAGCCAUUGUUCUUUCAGCUGAAGGAAAAUAUUUUACUUCAGGAAUCGAUUUAUUUGAUAUUAUGACUCUUGGAGAAGAAUUAGCAAACCAUGAUGACAUUGCUAGAAAAAUUAAAGUAUUGCGGAAAUUCAUUAAAACAUAUCAAGAUUGUAUUACUGCAAUUGAAAAAUGUGAUAAACCAGUCUUGGCAGCUAUUCAUAAUGCAUGUAUUGGCGGUGGUGUUGAUCUAGUUUCAACUACAGAUAUGCGAUACUGUACAAAAGAUGCAUGGUUUCAACUAAAAGAAACUGAAAUUGGAAUGGCUGCUGAUGUUGGUACAUUACAAAGAAUGCAAAAAAUUAUAGGAAGUACUAGUACAUUUAAUGAAUUAGCAUUUACUGCUCGUAAAUUUAAUUCUUCUGAAGCCAAAAAUAUUGGUUUUGUGAGUCAAGUUUAUGAUACCAAAGAGAGCUUACUUGAAAAUGUUAUGAAUAUUGCUUCAGAUAUAGCUAAUAAAAGUCCAGUUGGUAUUCAAAUGACUAAAAGAAGCGUAAUAUACUCACGUGAUCAUACAGUUCAAGAGGGAUUAGAUCAUAUUGCAGAUUGGAAUCAAAUAUUAUUACAAAGUGAAGAUUUUAUUAAAGCGGCAAUGGCUGCAGCAACAAAAGAUAAAAAACCUACAUUUUCUAAAUUAUGAUUUAUAAAAAAAUAUAUAUAUUUGUUACAUACUCAUAUUAUA